CUAGCUGCAGUCCUCCAAGUCGAGCAAGUGGUGAUCGCUGAGUUGGGGCCAUGGAACAUUGCAGAGGCAAGCUGUCAGCAUAUACUGACCCCAACUAUGAGUCUAGGAUCCAGGCGGCUCUCGCGGACAUCGCAAAUGGCACCUGCAAGAAUAUUACAGUAGCUGCAAGAGUACACAAGGUCGCGCGGCAGACUCUUAAAGACCGGAGCAAGGGUCUGCAUGUGUCUCACAGAGAUGUUGCCAAAUUGCCGCAGCUCCUCCAGCUGUCUGAAGAGGAAGCUACUAUCAAGGAUUGGCCAGCUCAUGAAUCCGGUGCCGCAUGCCCUGUGCACCCUCGUGAUUUACGUGCCCAGGCUAAAGAGAUCAGUGGAAAGCUUCCCGACAGUCCCGUAAUGACUUCAGGGAGCUCACUCGUCACACGCUCAAUUUCGACUGGGUUGCAAUUUGAAUUUGGAUCUGCAAGUACUCCCGCAGUCCUGUCAUACGAUGAAGUGAUGAAAAGUGACCGUGAAGACUUGUGGAAGAACAUUCAGCUCCUCUACAGUCGGAACAAAACAUUGUUUGAGAUGCAACUGAUGCAGAGUGCACAACUCGCUGCUGUAGAAGCUCACUGCACUCUCUUGACUAAUAAGACUCAGAAGAAGUGUCAGAAGUCGAAGAACCGUUUUUUCACAUACCCAGAGUUCAAAGCAGCCUCCGAGGCUGAAAAAAUAGAGCGUAUCAAGAAGGAGAAGGUUGACUCGGAGAAAGCUGCCCAGAAAAUAGCUGAAAACGAUGUUGGACUCUUUGCACAGCAUUGA